GCAACUAUAAGUUGAGAGCUAGACCUAUAGACUAGGCCUAUGCUAUAGAUCUAUAUAUAGAUCUAGGUCAGUCUAUUGUCAAGUAAAUAAAUGUACUAGAUAGAUCUGUAAUAAUAUUAAUACGAGACUUGGACUAGGAAGAAAGAACACAUCAAGACCAAGACUCUAUGACUCUAUGACCCUACACUAGUCGCUAGAACCAUGGUCACUUCAGAUUUGUUAGUUAUUGGCUUGGUUUUGCUGUCACUGAGCUCCAUAGACUCAUAUCCUGAUAUUUUGCUUGUUCGUCCUGAACAGAUUCACAUCUCUUAUGGAGCAAAACCAAAUCAGAUGAUGAUAGUGUGGAGCCAACUCAACCAAACUCAGAUUAAUGGUGUACGUUAUGGUUUAAAUGGGCAGCUUGACCAGCAGAAGUUGGGCAACAGUACUAAAUUUGUAGAUGGAGGCACAGAGCAUAGGUUUCAAUUUAUCAGCAAAGUUUUACUGGAUGACCUUAUUCCUGGAAAGGUUUACACUUACAUUGUUGGAAAUGAAUAUGAAUUCUCAGACAAGUUUACAUUCCAAGCCAUGCAAGAAGGUCAAGACUGGAGCCCUCAAUUUGCAAUCUAUGGAGAUAUGGGCAAUGUAAAUGCCAGAUCUUUAGGGCGUCUUCAGCUUGAAGUUGACAGUGGCAUGUAUGAUGCUAUCCUUCAUGUUGGAGACUUUGCCUAUGAUUUUGAUGAUCUUCAAGGUCAAGUGGGUGAUGAAUUCAUGAGACAGAUACAACCACUGGCUGCCAGGGUGCCCUAUAUGACAUGCCCAGGAAAUCAUGAGCAGGCCUAUAACUUUUCCCACUAUAGAAACAGGUUUGCAAUGCCUGGAGAUGAUGGACACACAUAUUACAGUUUCAAUAUCGGCCCUGUCCAUUUUGUCUCUGUGUCCACUGAACUGAUCUUCUUCUGGCACUAUGGGGCCAUGCAAGUCUAUUGGCAGUAUGAGUGGCUCAAAAAAGAUCUAGAGGAAGCCAACAAACCAGAAAACAGGGCUAAUAGGCCUUGGAUUGUAGUGUUUGGUCACCGACCUAUGUAUUGUUCCAGUACUGGCACGGCAGAUUGCACAAUGCCUGAAAGUAUAACUAGAAAGGGAAUCCCUGUCCUUCAUCUAUUUGGUUUGGAAGAUGUCUUGUAUGAUUAUGGUGUAGACUUGGCUAUAUGGGCACAUGAGCAUUCCUAUGAACGUCUAUGGCCACUUUAUGACAGGAAGGUCAUGAACGGCAGCUAUGAUGAACCAUACACUGACCCUAAGGCCCCUGUACAUAUCAUCACAGGAUCUGCGGGAUGUCGUGAAAAUGUUUCUGGCUUUGUCACAAACCCCCCAGAAUGGUCAGCUUUUCAUUGCAUGGAUUAUGGCUAUACUAGAAUGCAUGUGUUAAAUAAAACACAUAUGAACAUUGAACAAGUCUCAGAUGAAAAGGAUGGCUUAGUGAUUGAUAAGUUUACCAUUAUCAAAAACUAUCAUGGAGCCUAUGACAAAUCAGGAAAAAUUAGGUCACCUGACCUACCAAAAUCCCUAACCCAGGCUGGUUAUCUGGCAGGAUACAAAGACCGGGGACUUUGAUAUGGCUUCUCAUCAACCAAAACAUGAUGAUGUUACAUCAGGAUAGAAGUGGAAAUCUCUAGUCACUCUCAUUUGAAGAUGACAUGAUCCAAUUCCAAAUAUUUGUAUUUUGUUAUUUGCUUUUUUUUUGUUCAUCUAGGUCAGUGAUAACUUGUAUCAGAAGGUCAAGGGUUAAAUGUUUUAUUUUUAAUCCAUUUUUCUUUGUAUUAAAUGUUUGAAUAUUGCUUGUAGCUAUAUAAUAUUGUUACUGCUCUAUGCUUCAUUUUUUUAAAUCUACCUUAUGAUAGCUUCCAUAGAGAUAAAGGCUUUACUUGUUUAUGUUUUGUUUGUUGACAAGAUAAAAUAUUGCAUAUUUAGUGUCUGCACAAGUAUUUUGUCCUCUCCUCACCAUAAACAUUUUAUUUUUUUUUAUGUACAAAUAUAUAUAUUUAUAAUGUUUAUUUGUAAAUUUCAUCUAAAAUGUGUUUUUUUUCCUUUCUACAAGUUUUUACUUUUCCAAAGUGCCAUUAUUCUAAAAUCUCUUAAAUUUUAUGACUCAUAUUAUGUUUAUCAUUUUUAGCCCUUGUUAUUAUUUGCAUUUUUUUUUUGUUAGCUUCUUCUCCACAGUACCUUCACCUGCUUAUUUUUUUCUAAAUUGUUUUUAACUUAAUAUUUGUUUGUUGUUUUUUAUUCCAAUUUUCAAUGUGAAGAAGUUUGUCUCGAUGAAAUUUUGAAUGUCUUUCAACAAAACACAAACUGUAAAUACAUAGAUGUAUUUGAAAAAUUAUUUGUAUAUUAAUACAUUUAUUAACCUAUAUUCAAUAAAAUGAAGAAAUUUAUCUGGAAUUUGUCAGAAUACAUCUCAAGAGAAAAUGAUUUUUACUUUUUUUUUUUUUUAAACUUUUCUUUUACAAUCAUUUCCAAUAAAAAAAAAUGUAUUACUA